AUGAAGGCAUCAGUACAGGCUGUGGCAGUAUGGGGGAAGAUAGCUCCGUCUCACAGCAUCACUGCUAUUAUGAUUACAGAUGACCAGCAGACUAUAGUUACAGGAAGUCAAGAAGGACACAUAUGUCUCUGGGAUCUUUCAUCAGAAUUAAAGAUUUCAUCUAAAGAAAUUCUCCUUGGUCAUACUGCUUCUGUAACUUGUCUGGCAAAAGCAAGAGAGUUUGAGAAACAGCCAUAUGUAGUAAGUGCUACUGAAAAUGGGGAGAUGUGUGUUUGGAAUGUCACUAGUGGACAGUGCAUUGAGAACGCAAGGCUUCCCUAUAGGCAUACAGCAAUCUAUUAUUACCAUUGCUCCUUCCGAAUGACAGGUGAAGGAUGGCUGCUUUGCUGUGGAGAAUAUCAAGAUGUUCUUAUUAUUGAUGCAAAGACUUUAGGUGUUCUUCACACUUUAUCAUCAUCCCAAUCUGAUUGGAUAAAUUGUAUGUGUAUUGUACACUCUGCAAGAAUUCAAGAAGACUCAUUGGUUGCAGUGUCUGUAACUGGAGUUCUGAAAGUGUGGGACUUAUCUUCAUCUUUGAAUAACAUACAGGAGAGAGAAAGUGUGUACGAGAGAGAAUCCAAAUCUCUGGACUGUGUAAACUGUCAAGCAGUACGGUUUUGUACUUACACAGAAAGGCUCCUUCUAGUUGUGUCUUCCACAUGCUGGCAGGUCUAUGAUUAUUGUGAUUUCUCUUUGCUUUGUAUGGAGUUCUGUAAAAGUGGUCAGUGCUUUGCUGGUGGGGAAGUACUAGCAGCUUACAGACUUAUCAUCUGGACAGAAGAUGGUCACAGUUACAUCUACCAGCUGCUUAACAGUGGGCUUUCUAAAAGUGUGUAUCCUGCUGAUGGGAAGAUGCUGAAAGAAACUGUUUAUCCUCAUUUACUCUGCUUUACUGAUGUGAAGGAACAUAAGAAUUUUCCUUUUGUUAUGGGCUUCAUGAAUGAAAGGAAGGAGCCUUUCUAUAAGGUUCUAUUUUCGGGUGAAGCUUCAGGAAGGAUCACCUUGUGGCAUAUUCCUGAUGUCCCUGUGUCAACAUUUGAUGGUUCACCUAAAGAGAUCCCAAUUACAGCAAAAUGGGCUCUUCAGGAUGAUUUUGAUAAACACCAUGCAAUGUCAGAGGGAAUUAUUGAUCAUCUUUGUACAUCGAAAGAUGGAAUUGAAAGUGCAGCUGUUAGUUCUUCUGUAUACAUACCCAGUCUUGAUAAGCUUGUGUGUGGAUGUGAAAAUGGGAAAAUUUUUGUAACGCUAGGUUUAAAAACUGCAAGAGCAAGACUUCUAGAAAACAUAACUUUGCUGAAAGAUAAUUUACCUUAUAAGGUUCUGAAUGGUCAUAGUAGCAGAGUCACUUCUUUACUUUAUCCACAUGAUAAGUCAGUAAGAUUUGAUCCAAGCUGGCUGUUAUCUGGUGGGCAGGAUUCUGUUGUCAUCUGCUGGAAUUUAUUUACUGGAGACAUUUUACACCAAUUUAGUCUUCACUCUGGUCCAGUGACAGAACUCUUGCGAUCUCCAGAAAACUACAGAUUAAAAGAUCACAGCAUAGUGUGCUGUGUAUGCAGUGAUCACUCAGUAGCGAUUCUACACCUCCAGAAAAGAGUGUGUCUCUUACAUGCCAGAAAACAUCUCUUCCCUGUGAAGAAGAUAAAAUUUAAUCCUGUUGAAAAUCUGCUAAUUGUUGGAUGUGAAGACGAUUCAGUUUAUAUUUGGGAAAUUGAAACAGGCACACUGGAACGACAUGAAACAGGUGAAACUGCAAAAGCAAUUCUUACUUCCAUUGAAGAUUCAGAAUAUUUAGUGACAGAUGCUCUACUUCCUGCAUCUCAAGAGUUGAAAAGAAAUAAUGGUGGAUACAAACCAUCUAGCUCUUAUAAGCAUGGCAUGGGCUCUCACAAUCUUACUCAUACAGAAAAAUCUUCAGAUAAGUUAACUGAUACAAGCUGCAUCCAACGGCCCUUUUCUAUUUUACCAGUUAAAACAAAAUGGAACAAUGCAAACUUUCAUAUUCUCUUAUUUGAUCUGGAAAAACUUGAAGAACUUCUGCUGUCAUCUCAACUCAAUGGAUUAAAGUCAUCAAAAUCAUUCCACAACUAUGACACUCUAGAAAGAGCCAGAAGUACUGCUGAGAAAAGGACACUGACAUUAAAAAGAAAUAAAACUGAUGGCUCUGUAUCUCCAGUGGAUGGACAAGUAGAUACUGCUUGUUCAAACCAGGUCUGCAGGGACACUAACAGUGCAGCCAGGCCUUUGGAAGAAAAUGGUGGCAUGAAAAGACAGAAAAAAAUGAAGAGUUCAAGAAAGAUUAGAAUGCAGCCACCAGGAAACAUUGAUGUGAAUGUCACUGCUGAUACAGCUAAACUGCUUUUGUCAUGUCUCUUACCAUGGGGUGUAGAUCAAGAAAUAGACAAUCUUUGUGUUAGACACUUAGAUAUCUUGAGGCUUCAGUGUCCUGUUUCAUUUGGACUUGUGUCAGAUGAAAACCACCUAUCACUAAUGUUGCCCGGGUGGAAAUGUACAGACAGAGAUGUGUUAGAAGAGCACUCAGUAAUCAACCUCUUUUCAAAAAGAUUGCUUGAUUUAUCAAACAAGUACCUUGCUGCAACUGAAGGACAAAGUGGAAAGAAGGAUGGACCUGAAAAUAAUGUUUAUGGAACAAAGGGAUUGGAAACAGUAGUCUUCCUAUUCAGCAGAAUAGCUAUGAUCAGCAGGAUAAUUAACAUACCUUCACCAGUUACAGGUGAAAUUGGAAGUUCACAGAAAUCAGAAUCUGUACAUGACAAAUGGAGAAAUAUAGAAGCAGUAACGCUUUCAUUACCCAGUUUUCAUGGAGAGUUGCCAAGCAGUAAAAGCAGGUACCAUUCCCCAGACUUUGGGAGCACUUCCUUGCUGAAACUCAUUUGUUGCUGGAGUGACCAAUCUAUAAAGAUGAUUGAGGCAAUGCAAGCAGUGCUGCUGGCAGAAGUUCAGAGGACUCUGAACACCUUGAGACAGACGGAGACCUGCAGAGAGCCCUUGGGAGAAAAUGGCACUGUGAGUGCACUGAAGCAUGACAAGAGCUCAAACUCGGCAAACUUCCAAGAUGUGGAGGAUAUGCCUGACAGAUGUGUCUUGGAAGAGUCUGAGAGUCCAGAUGACAUGAAACCACAUCCCUGGAUAUCCAAGGUGUGCUCCUGCAAGGUGUGUUAG